CAAUGUAUAGGCUACUCAUGUCAUGUCUAAACCAUUUUAACAAUCAAAUAGCUCCCACAAGCUGUGUUUAAGAUCCAGCAAUCAAAGCGACGUUGACAUCUGAUUGCAUAAACCUAACAGUAUGUAUAAAACGACAUCCUCCGUCAUAAAAGCGUAUGGCUUUGCUAUUAAAAGAUGACUUGUAAAAUGGUGGCCAUUUGCAGUGGUGCACCAGGCUUCCACUGCCCCGCAUUGUUCUGCCUCAUUGUCACGUGACCGUGGCGUCCAAUCCCGUCCCAGUCUUCAUUCAACUUAUUAGAGGUCCGUAGUUCACAGUGAAGUCAAGGAGUUACUUGAUUUCUGCGGAUUCCGCCUUUGUGUGCGUUUUACAGUGGGUGUGUACGCCCGGUUGCGGCGGAUUUUAGAUGCUUUGUGAUGUCGACAUUAGGGACACUGAGUUACUACGCUGAUACGCACAUUACGCACGAGACUGAUGAUCAUUUGGCAUCCAGAUAUUCCUCGGGAGCUGCUUUGCACCAGACGAGAGAGCUCGCGCUUCCCGAGUAUGGCGACCAGGAACAGUGCCCCUUUCAGACCAAAUCUGCCAUUUUCGGGGCACCGUGGAGUUCAGUUGCUGAUCCAGCGCUCCGCGCCUCCUCGAGCGCGUAUCAUCCCUACGCACACCAGCCAUGCCCGACGGGGGAAGGCGACGGAAUGGCUCUGCGCGCCUGGACCCUGGAACCGGUAUCUGCACCGCUGUCAUACUCGGGAUUGGCCACGAACGUGCAUCACGAGAUUAAACCGGAGCCUCUGUCGGGUGGCAACGGCUGCACCACUCUGGAACCACCGACGCUGGUCGCGGACAUCGACGAAGACAGUUGUAUAGCAGAGCAAGAGACGCAGCGCAACACCGCGUCCGGUUUUCCCCAGAGCAACGCCGAGAAAAGUGCCACUGCAGCUGACGAGAAGCCAGAUGUCGAGCCAAAUAACCCCGCGUCCAACUGGCUCCAUGCGAGCUCGACCCGGAAAAAGCGCUGCCCGUACUCCAAGCACCAGACGCUCGAGCUGGAGAAGGAGUUCCUCUUUAACAUGUACCUCUCCCGUGACCGCAGGUACGAGGUGGCGCGGGUGCUCAACCUCACUGAGAGGCAGGUGAAAAUCUGGUUCCAAAACCGCCGAAUGAAGAUGAAGAAGUGUAAUAAAGAACGACCUAAACACCACUGAGCCAAUGGAGAGCAGAUGGACAGACAGACAGACAGACAGAGUGAGAGAGACAGAGAGAGCGAGAGCCGUUUGGGACUGUGGACAGCUUAGCUCUUACCGAAAUGUCGAGUUCUCCCGCACCGUGAAAUGUACGGUGGUGUUAAGGUCUAAGGUCCUAUAGGCCGGGCUAACGUUUCCUGGGCCACGGGGGUCAUUGAUUGGUGUGUUGGUGUUUUUGCGCACAGGCUUUCUGUGGAUAUCCGUUACGUGAUCUCUGGUAGCUGCUGUUUUUAUAGCGUUUAAUGUUUGUCUUUUCCGUUUCCCAUCAGCCAAUGACUUGGUUGAGUAUUUCCGUUCUUGUGUUCAGGGAGUGUAGCGACAUGGUCUCUAUUUAAUGCUGUUUACUGCAUGUUCGUUUGCCCUUAUUGUCUUUUCUGUGUAGUUUUGUGAUUUGGUGUUAUGUGUUGACUACCUAUGUUUUCUAACUACCUACUUGCAUCAAAAGUCUCGAAGAAAUGUUGAGGACUGACUUUGUGAGUUUGAAUUUACAUGUUUUUGUAUUGAGGCAGAACUUCAAUUCUGUGAGAUUUUUUAAAGCGUAUAGCACUGGACACAUAGAAAGUACCUCAUUGAAUUAAUGUUAUUUUGACUUAAGGCAAAGGUCAGUUAUUGGAAAAAAAGAAAACGAAAUAAAAUGAUCACUGUAAAUAAA